CUCCACAAAGCAGCACAACAACGCACACAUGGGAGUCGUUUCAUUAACGACAGCAUGAAAAGCUUAGCAUACUUUCAGGCAUCGAAAUAUUACUCAUUGCUUUUAUUUAUUACAGACAUGGAGAGCCGGUGGUCUGUAAAUUUGAAUCAAGCACAAAAGACGCCCAUUGAACAGUGGCAAGGUCAAGGUCAAGGUCAAGGUCAAGGUCAAGGUCAAGGCCAAGGCAUAGGGUUUACGUCACUACCGUAUCAACAACAACAGGGUAUGCCACAAGCAACUUAUACAAUGGCACAAUGGCAGCAAAUGCAGCUACAACAAAAGCAGCUACAGCAGAAGCAGAUACAACAACAACAGCAGCAGCAAAGAUUAGCCGCCGAAGUUAGCGAUAUGAGAAAACCAAUUAUUUACUAUAAAAACCACAACAACAAUAACAAUGAUAAUAACAUUAACUACAAUAGCAUACCGCCACUGCCACCGUCACAACAGCAAAAACCGCAAUUGCCAGCAACACAUAUAUUAUUUAACAAUCCCCAGCCAAAUUACAACUACUACAAUAACAAUAGAUACCCCCCACAGACGCGACAGCUGCCACGCAACUACACCUAUCUGUAUGGGAAAACGGCGCGCAACAACAACAACUCAAGCGCCGAACAAUUCGAGACAUUUAAUUCCACACAGCGAAGUGCACGCACUUUUGGUUUCAUCAGCGACUUCAUAACGGGUUUAAUACAACCUUGCGUCGAUCCAUGCACAAUCACGGCUUACUAUCAGAACCGUUGUUGCAAUGCUGUGCCUAUUCCUCAGCCACCACUUUGCUGUCCGUAUCCACCGUUGCGACCACAACCGCCUAUUAUGCCACCCAUACCACCACCACCACCACCGCCACCAAUCAACUGUUGCAACACCUGCAGCUACGGUUAUUAUGGUCCAGCGCCUUGCUUUUACAAUGUCGGCGGUGGGUUUAGAAGAGAGAGGAAUUACUUCGGUGGUAAUGGUGGUUUUCUUGGUGGCAGCUUUCUCGGUGGGGGUUAUCCAGGCGGCUUAUACCUUGGUGGCAAUUUGGGUAAUCCAGGUUUCAAUAGUUUAGGAGGGCAAAUCGGUUUAUCACUUCCGCGGCCAGCGAUAUUUGGUUAGCAAUAAGCUACCUUAACAUUUAAUUUUUAAUUUGUGAUUGUAAAUAUUUAGGUGAAAAAUUAUUAUUUAAGUUAGUUUUAAAUACAUUGGCUGCU